AUCAAUCUCCUAUCGAAUGGGGGUUUUCUAAACCCUAAAUCCAGUUUUUUUCUUUUACCUCUCUCUCUCUCUCCCUCUCUUCACAAGUAGCUCCCUUUCUCUACCCACUAAUUCAAGCUUUUUGCAUCAGUAUCCAUCUCUGUGUUAUCAUUUCUGUUUUAUGUAUGUGAUUGCCACGAAUCGUCUCGGCCGUUGCUCAUUUCGUUUCCGUCUUACUCUGGUUUUUUAGGUUUCGAGCUCACUCUGCUAGAAAACCCUAAAAUUUGCUGUUUUAAAACUUCCCUUGGCGAAUUUGAAAAGGCGACAUCUUUCAGAACCCGCCCACCAAGGACACAUCUUGAUAAGAACAGACUUGUGUAUCUAUCAAGGUGAGAAGCUUAGGCAGGCGAAACUUUUGUUCAAAUUUUAGUCCUUUAGAUAGUUUGCAUUGGAAUUGAGAUUGGGUGUAAGCAAUAAGAAGAUAAAUAUGGAUGGUAAGGGGAGGAAACCUGCUUCCAAGAGAGGAUCUAAGAUUUUUCAGUUUGACGAUGAUGCUGAUGAUGAUGAACCUAUCGGAUCUCUUUUAGAGGUUAUGAAGCAUAAAAGUUCCAAGAAGAAUAAGGUUGAGACAGAAAGUACUGGUAAACGAAGGCAUAUACAGUCUCUGGAGAAGAAACUGAGUGCUUUGGACAAGGAUUCUGAAGAUAUGGAUGACACCUUAGCCAGUUUUAGGAAGCGAUUGAAGGGCAACAAGAAAUGUGUUGGAUUUGGAACCCCAGGGACUAGGAACCACGAGGGUGUACCUCCUACUGAUACUGUAAUAAAUUGUAAGCUGAACCCAAUUGAGGAAGGCAACACAAACGAGGUGCAGAAUGUAUUACUUGGGGAUGGUUUGAGUAACAAAUCUGUCAAGAAGAUGGUUGAUUCAGCGAUAGAAUGUUACAGUCAUAGGGCUCUCUUAGAUUCUGGCACGAAUAAUAAAAGAGUGGAUUACAUCUCGGAAAACGGUGCUUCUAAUUCUAUUCAAAAGUGUGUUUCAGAAACUGGAACCCUCCUGCAUAAGUUUAAUGGUAAGGAUGAGGCAACCUCUCCCGUUCAUGGAAAAGUAGUAAUACCCAUGUCAGUAUCCAGCAAGAAGGAAGCAGAUGUCAUUCAUCAAAUUACAGAUGAGGAAUCUGAAAGGCCAUUGUCGGAGAAGGUUCUGGAGCUAUCUAGGGUGUCUGUUCCCAUGGCAGAUGUCCAUGGCGAAGUUUAUUCUCCUACUGAUAAAACAGAAGUUGCAGUCAUUGCUCCUGAUCAGCACAGACACUUGAGAGAUCCAGCUUCAGAUGGAAGUGGUAUUCAAGUUAAUACUCUAGAAAAUGGAACUGCUGAAGCUUCCCCGGUUUCAUUAACUCCCUGUGAUGAUGAAAAUUUCCGAGGUGAUGCAAUUUCAUUACCUAAUUCUGGCAAGCCAUCCACCUUGCCACGCCCAGAGCGUAUUGUUAGAAAGCGUAAGCUAGGAAACAUGGUGUAUGAAGGAGACAUGAAUUGGGAGAAUGAGCAAGGCUUUCUUGAUUGUCAAAGUGACAAGUCCUUUAAAGGAAGCGACAAGUGUGAUUUUGUUCCAUCUAUUCCCAAGGAAACUGAAAUUGGUAGAGCAGCUGCGGUGACAGCUGGACUUAAAGCCCAGUCAGUAAGUCCAAUUGAGAAGAUUAUACUUAAAGAGGUGUUGAAGCGCAAAGGAAGCCAUCAGGAGUACCUAGUUUGCAGGAAUUAUAUCUUAGGCUUGUGGAGUAAAAAUGUCAGUCGAAUCUUACCUGUCACUGAGUGUGGUAUUACCAGUGGCCCUUCUGAGAGUGAAUUGCCAUCGGCUUCCCUUAUCAGAGAAGUCUAUAAAUUUCUUGAUCAGAGAGGUUAUAUAAAUGCUGGAAUUUCAUCUGUGAAGGGGAAGGUGGGAUCUUCGACUAAUGAAGACUACGAUCUCCACCAAGGGAAAAAGCGUGAAGAAAGUUCAAUGGCUUCUGUUGCAGAUUCUGAAGAGGGAGUUGCUUUUAUCCUUGGUCAGGUCAAAGCUGUUGAAUCAACUAGUGAGGGUAAGAAAUGUGCUCUCCAAAGUGAUGAAAGGGAUCUGGUAGGAUGUGCGACCUCAGAAAUGCUGGGAUCUACCAGCAAAACAUGCGAGGAAGACAUUGUUGAUGAUUGCAAACAUUCUGUAAGCAUAAAUGCUUUACAGGAUGAUACAUCAUCUAAGAUUGAAAAGCAUCCUGAAACAUUUUCAGUAGUGAAACCUGCUUUCUCUAGCACACUCUCGUCUGCAAAUAGUAAUCAAACGAGAGGAAGGGACUGGGUUCAAUGUGAGGUUAAAGAUGAGAAGAAAGUUAUAGUAAUUGGAGCUGGUCCUGCUGGAUUAACAGCAGCACGUCAUUUACAGCGCCAGGGUUUUUCUGUCACCAUUCUUGAGGCAAGGAGUAGAGUAGGUGGUCGUGUAUUUACAGACCGGUCUUCUCUUUCAGUUCCUGUGGAUCUUGGGGCUAGCAUAAUUACAGGCAUUGAGGCUGAUGUGCCAUCUGAAAGAAUGCCAGAUCCUUCGGUAUUGGUCUGUAACCAAUUAGGUCUGGAGUUGAGCGUGUUGCAUGGAUUCUGUCCUCUUUAUGAUACUGUAACAGGGGAAAAGGUUCCUGCAGAAUUAGACGAUGCUCUACAAGCAGAGUUCAACAGUCUAAUUGAUGAUGUGGAUUUACUUGUUGAGGAAAUAGGCAAGGAAAGAGCAAAUAAAAUGUCCCUCGAGGAUGGUUUAGAAUUUGGCCUUCAACGGCUGAGAAUGCCACAUGACAAGGUGAACAUUGAAAAAAUUGGGUUUGUCAAUUCAAUUGAUACUUCCUGCUCAAAAACAGGCAUCAGUGGUCCCGUUACGAAGGAUGAAAGCUUAGAUGAUGAUUUUUUGAAUCCUUUGGAGCGAAGAGUUAUGAAUUGGCAUUUUGCUCACACAGAAUAUGGUUGCGCUGCUGUCCUCAAGGAAGUUUCGCUUCCUCAUUGGAAUCAAGAUGAGUUUUAUGGCGGUUUUGGAGGGCCACAUGCUAUGAUUAAGGGUGGCUAUAGUCGAGUUGUUGAGUCGCUUGCAGAAGGACUUGACAUUCACUUGAAUAAAAUAGUUUCUGAGGUAUCUUACGCCUCUGAUGUAUCACCCAUGCAUAACAGCAAGCAUAAAGUCAGAGUUAGUACAUCAAAUGGAUGUGAGUAUUUUGGAGAUGCUGUUCUGGUAACUGUUCCUCUAGGAUGCUUGAAAGCAGAAACUAUUAAGUUUUCACCACCCUUACCAGACUGGAAAUAUUCGUCAAUCAAACAACUUGGGUUUGGAGUUCUAAAUAAAGUUGUGUUGGAGUUCCCAAAUGUAUUUUGGGAUGAUAGUGUUGAUUAUUUUGGGGCAACAGCUGAGGAAACAGAUCUAAGAGGUGAGUGCUUUAUGUUUUGGAAUGUCAAAAAAACUGUUGGCGCUCCUGUCCUAAUAGCUUUGGUUGUUGGGAAAGCUGCUUUUGAAUAUACAAACAAGAGUAAGUCUGAGCACGUGAACCAUGCAAUGAUGGUUCUUCGUAAGCUUUUUGGUGGGGAUCUGGUUCCUGAUCCUGUUGCCUCGGUAGUUACUGAUUGGGGCAACGAUCCCUACAGUUAUGGUGCCUACUCAUAUGUUGCUAUUGGUGCUUCUGGCGAAGAUUAUGAUGUAUUGGGAAGGCCUGUUCAGAAUUGUUUGUUUUUUGCUGGUGAGGCAACAUGCAAAGAACAUCCUGAUACUGUUGGUGGUGCAAUGAUGACUGGAGUCCGGGAAGCUGUGCGUAUAAUUGAUAUACUUAGAAGUGGAAAUGAUUACACAGCCGAAAUAGAAACACUAGAAAAAGCGCAAAGGAAAUCUGUCCCAGUAAGGGAUGAAGUCAGAGACCUAAUAAAGAGGCUUGAAGUUGUUGAGCUGUCUAAUGUGCUGGCCAGGCAAUCGUUGCUUCGGAACAUGUUCUUCUCUGCUAAAACAACUGUUGGACGUUUGCAUUUAGCCAAGGAGUUGCUUAGUCUACCUGGUGAAACCUUGAAAUCCUUUGCAGGUACAAAAGAGGGGCUUGCGGUGCUGAACACUUGGAUACUGGAUUCGAUGGGGAAGAAUGGAACGCAGCUUUUACGUCACUGUGUACAUAUUCUUGUUCGAGUUACGAGUGAUCUCUUUGCCGUGAGGCUCUCAGGCAUUGGGAAGACUGUGAAAGAAAAGGUUUGUGCACACACUAGCCGUGAUAUCCGCGCGAUUGCAAGUCAGCUUGUUAAUGUGUGGCUGGAACUAUACCGGAAAGAAAAAGCUAAUAGUGCAAAGAAAUCAUCGAGACAAGUGAAUACUACAAAUACCUCCAGACUAAGAAGAAAACUGAAUAAUGCGGACACAGACAGUAAGGGAAAGCUGAGUAAUGGUAAAGAUGGGAAAACAGAUGGAGAGCUUCAAGACAACCAGCUACAUAUGUCAGAGGAAGAGAAGGCUGUGUUCGCUGAAGCUGAGGCAGCUCGUGCAGCAGCAGAAGCAGCUGCAAAGGCAUUUUCUGAGGCCUAUCAUAAUACUUCAUUGCAGCUUCCUAAGAUUCCCUCGUUUCAUAAGUUUGCCAGGCGUGAGCAGUAUGCAAAGAUGGACGAAUCUGAUUUCAGGAAAAAGUUUCCAGGCAAUGUCUUAGGAAGACAAGAUUGUAUGUCAGAGAUAGACUCGAGGAACUGCAAAGUUCGGGACUGGUAUGAUUUUCCUGCCUCCUGUCUUGACCUUGACAAUUCAAGGAUUCCCGGCGAUAACUAUUCUCAGCGUAGCCAUUCGAAUGAGCUUGUAUCUCAUUCGAAGUUCAGAGAAUAUUCUGGAGAAAGUGGGGCAGCGGAUACCAGUUUCUUAACUGGCGCAUGGGUUGAUACUGGUGGUAGUAGUGAUGGUUUCAAGGAUUCUCAGGCUAUAGAUAGAUGGCAAUCUCAAGCUGCUGCCGCUGAUCCUGAAUUUUUCAAUCGUACUUUGCAUAUUAAGGAUGACGAAGAUUCGAUUGCAUGUUCAACAGGCCCUCCUAGUUGGAAGCAUGACCAACGAGCGAAUGAAGGUUCUGUGUCACAGGUGACAGUAAAUAAAGAGUCACAUAAAACUCAUAUCCGGAGUGCAGAUCGUUUGAAACAGGGGGUUGUAGAUUUUGUUGCAUCGUUGCUUAUGACCCCGUAUAAAGCCAAGAAAAUUGAUAGAGAUGUAUACAAGUCAAUAAUGAAGAAGACAGCAACAAAGGUUAUGCAACAUACAACAGAUGUGGAGAAAGCCAUGGCUGUUCAGCAAUUCCUCGACUCAAAGCGGAAAAACAAGAUUCGUGACUUUGUGGACAAACAAGUUGACAAGCAUAUGGUGAUAGCUCCAGUUCCAAAAAGUUGAUGACCAAUGGGGUCUACAGUCAUGGCCAAUGGAAGUUGGUUGGUAUCGGCUGCGAUGGCAAAGCCCCUUUGUAGAAACCACAUAUCAUUGCUCAUUUUAUGAGGAAGGUUAUCUCAAAGAAGCAGAUGUCUCAUCGAAAAGAGAGUUUUCCCAUGAUAUUUUCUCAUACCUAAAGAUUGGCAGAGACAAGUUUUUCGCACUAACCUGAUAUGAUGAAGAAUUUGGUCUUGCUAUAUUGGAAGGUAUGAGUGAAGCAUCUUCUCUCCUCUUGCCGGGGGAAUUCCAAGGACUUUCUGAUCAUGGUUCUAUGUCAAGUGGAUGUGUAUUUCAUGAGUUGUCCCCUCGGAUGAUACAUGUUCUCAACGUACGCUGAUUGUUUUUAGUAAUUGUAUAGAGUUCAAGAUUUAGUGUUAACCCCAUUAGACAAAUUCUACUUUCAGGUAUCUGAAUUCAUUUCUUGAGAUUCAUGUCAUUUUCUGAACCCAAGAGAAAAGUUUUUCACUCUAUAAUGUAAUGGUAAUAUAGAUUUUAGAGUCAAAGAUGCCAAUAUGAUCUUAUGUUCUGAUUUUCCUAUACUAUCUGCAGCCAUACAUCCGUUGGUAAGUUCAUUCCCUAUCUUUCUUGAGGGGAAGUCUGAGAUAGUACUGUUGCAGGUGUUUCACUUUCACUCUUGCAGGUAAAGAUGGACCAUCAAAAAGUGGAAAGUAAUGAUUGUUCAGCUCCCAGGCAUUUCGGUAAUUUUGAUGAACUUCUGGUGUCUUAGCCUUACAAGCAGCUUGUGGGGAACUGCAACAAGUAACAACGCAGGUGAGGAAAUUUAAGACUCGGCUGAAUAUACUCUGACACAUGUUGGUGAGAGCUGGAAUCUGUUUAAUCGACGCUGUUUAGAUAUAGUUUACCUUGGUUGAAAUAUCACUCUGCUUGUUGAUGUGAGGUACAUAUAUGCUUGCCAUUUUUGUUUCUAAACAAUUUUCAGUUGCAUUUAGAUAUGAUCAUUGAUCGAAGGAUCGUAUUUAUGAUUGAUUCAUAUCAUCAAUUCAGUU